UACCCAUAUAACCAUUUCUUUCCAAUAAAGCUAGCUUCUCUCCACACCUGCAAUCCAAAGUCCCAAACACGACACUACCUAAUACCUCACCAUGCUUCCAUCUCUCCCUUGUUAUCUCAGCACUUUCCUUGUUCUAUUUCUCCUCCAGAACCCACCAUGCAACGCCUCCAGACGAACACCAGGAUUGGUACUAUCGCCUCCAAUGGAGACAACCAUCCAGGACAACAACAACUAUACGUGGCACAAUUUCAAAACCUUCCUCAAUGCCAAGAUGGGCAGCCACGUCAGCGGCAUGUCUGAGCUCAAAAGAUACUUCCAUCAUUUCGGUUAUCUCCAAUUACGAGAUUUCAAUAACAUAACAGAUAAUUUUGAUUCUCGGUUUGAAGCUGCGGUUUUCCGAUAUCAAGCUAAACUAGCUCUGCCAGUCACUGGCAAGCUCGACUCUCAUACCCUCUCGCAAAUAAUGGCACCCAGAUGUGGAGUACCAGAUACGGUUCGCAAACUGCAUGCUAAAAGAAGUUACGUGUAUUUUCCCGGGAAACCUAGGUGGACUCGCAGCAUACCGAUGACUCUCACGUACGCAUUCUCACCAGAGAAUUUGAUCAGUUACUUGAGCUUAUCGGCUAUAAAGAACGUGUUUAAAAGUGCUUUCGGCCGAUGGGGAUCGGUGAUUCCAGUAACAUUUAUGGAAACGGAUGAUUAUGGUUCCGCAGAUAUUAAAAUAGGAUUUUACAGUGGCGAUCAUGGAGAUGGAGAACCGUUUGAUGGGGUUUUAGGAGUGCUAGCGCACUCAUUUUCGCCAGAGAGCGGCAGGUUUCAUCUUGAUGCUUCAGAAACGUGGGCUGUUGAAUUCGAAAUAGAGAAAUCAAAGGUCGCAAUAGAUUUGGAAUCAGUGGCUAUACAUGAGAUUGGACACUUGCUGGGUUUGGCUCACUCUUCUGUUCGUGAGGCGGUCAUGUACCCAAGCUUGAAACCUAGGAAAAAGAAGGUGGAUUUGAGUGUUGAUGAUAUACAAGGGGUCCAAGCUCUCUAUGGAUCUAACCCUAAUUUCACACUUGGGUCUUUGUUAGAGUCCGAUAUUUCUACAAAUCAAGCAGUUCAUCAAAGAGUAGAACAUUCCCUGUCUCCUUCAUUGCUUACGGCUUUAAUAUUAAUGUUUUCUUCGUGCAUGUAAUUUUUUACAUAGACAUCACCCGUACUGUAAAUCGUGACAUUCGUUUUGUUUAUUUUUCUGUUUUUAGUUUAGCUCUAAUGAUGAUUGGAAUUUAUAAAUUCGAUUAAGAUUCGAAUUGGAGAUCUCUCUCCUAACCAGAGAUGUUUUCAAUGCCACUGAAUUUAUUUUUGUUUA